AUGCCACGAGUGUGUGCGGUGGUUCACCACGGAGGCGCGGGCACCACGGCUGCCGGUCUACUCGCCGGUAAGCCCACCUUCAUUGUUCCGUUCUUCGGAGACCAGCCGUUUUGGGGUCACGCAGUGGUGAAGGCUGGUGUGGGUGUCGAACCGUGUCCGAUCUCGCAGUUAACGACGGAGAAGUUGCGCGAGGGCUCGUGA